AUGCGUAACACGCUCGGCAGCAGGGGGAGAGCGCGACUGCCGCGGGUGCCGGGAAUACGCUCCACGAGGAACUCCUCAGCCCUGUGUUACUUCUCGCUGGAACGCGGGGACAUCCCGCCAGCCUUGUCCCUACGGAAAAUGCCGCAGGGGCCGGGCAGGAGGAAGGCGUGUGUUCAGGGCAGCCCCGACCAGAACGGAGCAACGUACUGCGCGUUCUGGAGAGGGAAACAGCGAGCCAGCGAGCGCCCAGCCAUCACCCCGCCGGGGCGAGCGGGGUCUGUCCUCUGCCCCACACCCCACGGGGCUCCUGUCCAGCAAUGGCAAUCGCUGCCCGAGUGCUCGCUGCCGCCUUGGCUUCAUCUCCGCGCCGGCGCUGGCCUCAGCAUCACUGCCACUCUCUGGGCUGGCCGGGAAAAGCAGAGCCCCGGCAGCGCGCGUCGCCUGGCGCUGUGGCUAUUUGGAGCUCAUUCUCCAGUCAUAGGAUUUUCUCCUUCUUCAAGCGUGGAAUUUGUUCCUGUGUUUCCACCUGUGUACACAGCUACAGUUCCACCUCACGCUGGGAAAAACUGGAUCGAUAAAAGGCUACCGAACUGCAAAAUAUACUUGAAUAAUGCAUUUGCUCUGGAUUCCGCGUGGAUACAUCCUGAGGAAUCGCGGCUCUUCCAGGGAAAUGAGAAGCCUCUGUUAAUGACCAAUCAAGUGGCGAUGGCUGUAGCCAGGCCAGCUGCUGCCUCCAGGCCUCUUCCCACAGUGGUGUUGGCACCUCAGCUGAUACCAGGUGGUUGCCAGAAUAGCCUUAAACCCGUGGCUGGCAGUCAGACCCUGGCGUUGGCCACCGCCGCAAUGGUGUCGGUGGAGCCCGAAGCCCCGCAGGGACCGUCGGUGCCGAGCGUCCAGCCCUGCCACGUGCUGACCUUCUCCCCUAUCAAAAUUCCAGUCUUGGCCUCGCCUUUUCCAGGUUCUGCCUCCAGAGUGGAUUCUCACAUGGGUCCUUUGAUGCCGACGCAAGUCACCCGCGUAACUGCUGUGUCUGCACCAGCGGUGACCUUCAUGGCAACCAACUUGAUGGAUCAGACGUUAACAGAUAACGGCAAAGAACCGAGUAGAUCCUCCUGCGCCCCGACCCUGAUUUUACACACGGAGAGGAAGAGUUCCCCCGUGGAGAGCGAUGGCGAUAAGGAUCAUUCUUUUAAACUGGUAAAUGAGGAUGACAGUGCAUCGAACGGCAACAAGCCGGUGGCAUCCACUCCAGUGCCAGGAUCUCCAUGGUGUGUAGUCUGGACUGGAGAUGACCGGGUCUUCUUCUUCAACCCUACAAUGCAGCUGUCCGUCUGGGAGAAGCCGGUGGACCUGAAGCACCGCGGCGACAUAAACCGGAUCAUCGAGGAUCCUCCUCACAAGCGCAAGCUGGAAGCUGCAGCAGCAGAUAAAUGUGUUAGUUCUUGUCCAGAGGAUGAAAAUGAUGAUCUUAGCGUCAAAACUAAGAGAAAUAAAACAGAAGAUUCCCGAGCUGCUGAGCAGGGGAAGGCUGAAAGGGAGGAGAAAACCGAGGAGACAUCAGCAUCUCAGAUCACGCCUCCCCUAGAAGAGCGCAUCACUCAUUUCCGAGACAUGCUUCUGGAGAGAGGGGUUUCAGCGUUUUCUACGUGGGAAAAAGAGUUGCACAAGAUCGUAUUUGAUCCGCGCUACCUUCUGCUGAACUCGGAAGAACGUAAGCAGAUAUUUGAACAGUUUGUCAAGACCAGGAUCAGAGAAGAAUACAAAGAAAAGAAAAAUAAAUUGUUGUUAGCCAAAGAAGAAUUUAAAAAGCUCCUUGAAGAAUCCAAGUUAUCGCCAAGAACGACGUUUAAAGAAUUUGCAGAGAAAUAUGGAAGAGAUCAGCGGUUUCGCCUUGUUCAGAAGAAGAAGGACCAAGAGCAUUUUUUCAAUCAGUUCAUACUUCUUCUUAAAAAGAGGGACAAAGAAAACAGGAUACGGCUACGGAAAAUGAGAUAA